ACACAAGAGAGCGAAAUAGGAUGUUCUUUUGUCUACAUUUUGAAAUUCAAGUAUAUAGAUUGAGGUUGGUAUGGUAACGUCGAUAAACUGGUCUCAAGCAUUUCAGCAGCUUGUCAACAGGCAACAGAUGUUUUAGAGAAAAUAAACAUUUUAACGUGUACUAGCUAAACACUUCGAGGAAUCGCGAAUAGAGAUACGGUAUCUGCAUGGAAUCCAAACACGACGGUGCAAAUGAGUUCCAACAACACGUCGACUAGUGCUCCACCGAAUACCAACCGGGACAACAACACAUCCUGUAUGGCCAUGGCACUCCGGGUUACCUUUGCUAUCAUAGCAUUCCUUGCAGUGUUUGGAAAUUUUCUGGUGGUGGUGGUACUCGUGAAGAAUAGAAUACUAAAACGGCAUGCAUCGGCUGUGGUUAUUUUUUGCCUUGCCGUUUGUGACAUGGCAACCGGGAUUGUCUUAGUAUUCACUCCCGCAUUUAUCAUUGGUGAUGAGAACAUUCCUGUGCCAUCAGGCCUCGCAGGCGAGCUCUACUGUCGCCUGGUUACCUCACAGUACUUCGUGUUCACGCUAGGCAAGAUUUCCAUAGCAAUGAUCAUGUUCCUGGCAGUUGAACGCUGGUAUGCUGUCGCCAAACCCGUCAAAUACAAAACGAUUUUUACCCGAAAGAGAAUGUCGACCUACGUCGUCUUCAUAUGCCUCGCUUGUUUAAUACUAAACGGUAGAGCGCUCUUUGAAAAGGUCCUGGUAACCAAUGCUUCAAAGCGCAUGUGCAAGUGGGUAUCGCUGACCAGUAGCGAAUAUUUCAACCGCAGCUACGUUAUAACCCAUAGCAUCAUCACUUUCUAUAUACCUUUGGUCGUAACAAUGGCUGCCUUUAUUCAUCUCUUCAUUAUCAUCCGAAAGCAACGUGGUUUAACGGCUAAUGUACGCCAAUCAGCCCCCGUGAUACAACUACUUCGCAUGUGCUUCGUCACGUCUCUUGUUCUCGGACUUUGCUGGCUGCCGAAUCAGCUUGUUUUCGUCAUGAUCAAGUUUGGCGUGACCAAGCCUGACACACCGUUACAUCACGCAACGAUAGUCGUAAGCAUGCUUAACUCGUGCGCCAACCCUUGGAUUUACUGUGCCACCAGCCGAACAUUCCGUCGAGGAUUCUUUGGGAUCUUUUGUGGUUGUCGUGGCAACAGAGUGGCAAUUGACUCGACGGAAAUGACCAUAGCUGCCGCAAACAGACUUGCACAUGGGGAUGCUCGGAGAGUCGGGGCUGGUCAAGACGAUAAGGAAGAGCAGAAGAGUACCGUACCUGGUUUGCCAACACCUUAACAGACACAAGGCGUAAAAGAAAUAAACUUGGCCUUUUACGCACUUAAGGACGUUCAUGGACAAAAGAUCCCAUCAUCAGAUUUAAAAAAAUAAUUCCUCUAAAGUUGGGUAUUAUAAAAUACUUUAAGAAAGCUAAAAAUAAAAACGGGGUCUCCGACUUUGUUUCAUGGCUAUAGCUCAUGUGUAAAUAGUCUCCUUCACAGCUCCCUGCGCCAUCUUGAAAGGUAGCCGUGCCUUUGAAUCGAAACGAGACGAACGGUGAUCUUGCAAUGAUAGAGACCUUUUUUAACACCUUAGACUAUUAUUCGCAUGUCUCUACCAUUGCAAAGAAUCUCUACCAUUGCAAGCUCACCAUUCGUCUCGCUUCGAUGCAAAGGCGCGGCUACCGUUCAAGAUGGCGCAGGGAACUGACUAUUCAUGUAUGGAAAGGAUGCGCGCGAACAAUUUAUUUAGAUUUUAUUUAUUUGAAUCUUCAUUUUACGAGGGUAACAAUUCAAACCUCUCAGUUAUCUAGCUUAUGGCCUCAAAAUAUACGAUCAUUUUAAAUUACAAGGAAAAGAAUAAACGAGAAAAUAUUGGGGAAACAAUUAGUCUAAUGUUGAACAGAAGUGAUGAGUACAGUGAAUAGACCUCUUGGGACUGUAGAACGGCAGAAAUUGUUCUGAAUUGAGGGAGUUUAAAAUUUCUUAAGUCCCGUCCUCACGUAUCCGGAAAUUUUUGUAUCCGCAAAUUUUUCUUUACGGAUACGAAAAUGUUUGCGUCCACAUGCAGCGUAUUCGAA